AUGAUUCCUGCAGACCAUUCCCAUGCGCCAUGGCGGAAAACAAUCCUCAUCCCCUUCUGGACGAUCCAACUGGGGCUGGAGUUGAUUAUGAUCGCGCUGCUUUCGUUGGCGGUCGGUGUUCUGGUGCAUUAUGACAAUAACGACAGUUUCUACUACAGCGAUUCAGACGAAGAUACAAUCGAGAAGGCUGGAAAAGUUGUCGGCCCAGUUUGGAUCGCACUGAUCUCAGCAUGUCUCAUUCUCACCGUUACAGAAAUCGUCCUGCUAGCACGAAAGAGCCUCAAGCCCCUUACAUUCCUCAUCACGAACAUCCUGAAGUCUGCGAUAUGGGCAGUGUUGUUCGUAAUUGAUAUCAUAUCUGCGGUGAACACGUCUACUUCACGAACAGCGUCGGCAGUUGCGAUUUUGAUCGAGGCAGCUUUACUACUCUCCUUCUGGCUUCCUCUGAUCUACGCCUCCAUAAUCUACCACCGCUUCCGGAAAGGUCGUCAAUACAAGCCCGUCAACAAUCCGCAUUUCCACAACGCACCACAAUCUCAAGGCACAGACUUCACACAAUACUCCACAGCGCCAAUCCCGGCAUACCCGAAUCCAGAACCUUAUAAAGGGUAUGGACAGCAGACGGUGAGUGACGUGGAACAGCAGAGGACGGAUGGAGGAGGGAGGAGGUUGAGCUAUAAUCAUCAGAGGGAUCCGAGGUUUGAGGCAUAUAGAAGAACUUCAGGGGGUGAUUUGGGGAUGGGCGCAGGAAUGAGCCCCCCAGUGCCGAGUGUGUUGAUACAGCAUCAUGAUGGAAAUACGUUUGAGAUGGAGGGUGGUGCUAGGAGAGAAUUACGGUAG